AGUUCACCAAUACUCCUGAGAAUCCCUACGUGAUGCCAGAGAUUGUAGAUGCUCCUCUGACAGAAAAAGGACGACAACAAGCAUUAUUACUGCAAUCAGUGGUCAAGGAAAUGUCGACCAAACCAAACCUUGUGGUGCUAUCCCCCAACUGUCGUGCGAUCCAGACCGGCCUACUGGUAUUUGAGGAGCUCCUGGAGGCAGGAAUCCCAUUUUUGGCCCAUGAAAUGGUCCGCGAAGAGACCGGCAUCCAUGUUUGUGAUAAAAGACGGCCCAAAAGUCGACAAAUGAAAGAAUUCCCACAAGUGGACUUUGGCCUCCUGGAAUCGGAUGACGAUGUCAUUUUUCGUAACGACCACCGAGAAACCAAAGCCGAAGUGGGAGGGCGCGUUUACAAGUUCAUGGAAUGGUUGUCCGGACGUGAUGAAAAGGUGGUUGGUGUUGCUUCUCACUCGGGAUGGCUCUUGACCGUCUUUAAUGGCAUUUGUGAGUGUGAUGAAAAGUUGAAGGGAUGGUUUCAAACCGGAGAAAUGAGGAGCGUCAAGCUUUCGUUCGUUCGCAAGUAAAAGUACUAGACUUCUCCAGUAUCUGGUCUUGCAACUAGCCAUGACAGCUACCUUUUAAAGUGGGCUUCCAAGAUCUAGGCACGAAAAAAAUUCGCCAAAUGAAGUUCAAUGAUUUAAUCAAUCAAAUUUAACCAAAGCCAUGAGCAAGCACAAUCAAGUCCCUUGCACCUCCUGGGUUCAAAUGCAACUUGUACGACUGUACGAUAAGACUGCACGUACCGAUACAACUGCGACCAAGCUGGCAAGCUACACUUAUGCACAUGGAUGGCAAAAUGGACCGGCUGGAACUGCGUUGAAGUCAGGAUCCUCUGUCGUGGGGCAAGCUGUGCCUACGAACAUGUCUUUUGUGGAUGGAAUGCCUUGUUGGUAGUCCAGGAGCCCCCAACUGCACAGAUUCUGGUUGAAUGUCUCCAAUCCCUGAAACAGCCCUUCAAAGCUGGUGGCAUUGGAUACAUCCCAACUGAAGCACAGAGAAUCGGUACUACAGUGUAAGUCUGGCAAAGCAACUCAAGAGAGAAUGAGAAUGCAGCAUGCAAUUCAGUGCACUCCACCUACCUGGAAUAGUCAAAUGGCACAUUGAACUGUAAAAGAGAUCACGAAAGACCGACGAGAAGUCAUCGACGCGGGUGACACACCAUUCUUCAAAGGGCCAACCGUGCAAACCCGCUGCAAUGCUGUUGGAAGCUUGAUCCAUGGAAAAGGAACCAUCUGCAAGCGCCCACGGCAAGAGAUCAAGCCAUGCGUCCUGUAGGUACGCUGUGGAUUCGAAGCAAUGUUUUCGCCGCGGUGGUACGACCACAGAAUUGCACUGAUCGGUCGAGCAACUUUCACAAGAAAGGGAAUCCCUCCUACAGGGUCUUUCCUGGCCAGGUCUGCAACCACCUUCGAAGCGUAGGUAGCCUUCCCAGUCGCGGUACGAGUAAGUUUGGCAAUGAUACGAAGAUCUGGUUGAACACUGUUGGGUCUGGUUGGUGGCCAGACCGACCAAUUCGGAAGACGCGAAGUAGUUGCACGAAAGUGUGGGGUUUGUUGGGGCCUGUGCCACAGGGGCAGCUGUUGGGUCAUCAAUGGCGGGUGGAGGGGUAGGGUCUGGAGUUGGAGCUUUUGUUGGUAGAGGAGUAGGUGUUGGUGUCGGUAGGGGGGUAGGUGGUGGUGUGAGCGCAGAAGUUGGCGGUGGAUUUGGGUCAGGAGCAGUGCAAAAAUCGCACAUGGCGUCUGAAUUACCUCCAUCAAUGUCUCCUUUAACGUCAUCGUAGGUGCAACGAAAGCUUCCAUUGACGUUAGGACAGCCAAGAGCCCGAGCUGCGUCUGUGGCACUCACGCUGUCAGAGACAAACUCACACACACCGGAAAAACGUUCGGCUUUGAAUUCGAGACCAUUCACGCCACAAACAUUCUCGCAACUCAGGAUGACAAAGAAUGUAUCAUCUUCACUGCAAGACUGCAAUUGACGAGCCUUCAAACCAGUGCUACUGGCACUUCUUGUAGCAGCGGGUGUGUUGAGCGGUUCCGUGGACGGGUUCUUCGGUUUGCGAUCAUUGUUUGAGCCUCGUAUCAAGGCACUGCCGCUUCCGAGAGAGGUUGCGGCCAGGAACAAGAGGGACGAGAGACGAGGAUUCUUCAUGGUUGCAUAAAGGAGCAAAACAAUGCAGCGGAAGUACGAAGCAUCAGCUGAAGAUUGUUGAUCGCAUUCAUUUCAUUGAUUCUCGUUUUGGUAUUGUCCAGAACCUGCAUCACAGCACCUACCAAAGAAGCUAUCACAGACAGUUCUGGGAUCUUGUUCGUUGUUGUAGAACAUGCACCCCUUCGCGGAAAUGUAAUUCUUGAAAGUUAUGUCCAGGUGAGACUUGGAUACCGGUACCUGUACCGGUACCGGUAUCCAUUCUUUAGGCUACUGGAAGUAUCGAAGGAGAUACGGUACCUACCACCGUCCUGUUGCACUGUUACAACAAGGAGUCGAAUGACAGCAGAAUUCUCAUUCUCGCUAGCUGAAGAAAAAAGGAUUCUCAAGAAUGAUGCAUCAAGUCAACUACAAGCAAGUUGCUGGGCAUAGUUGCCUUGGACUGAAUACUCAUACCUGGAGAGGGUUGCAGGCAAUGAGAACCCACAAUGAUGAGUUGAAAGACAAUUCCAACCAUGCUCUUCUUCUUGUGUCAUCACUGUCCCAGAAACCAAAAGGUAAAAAGAUUCUUAAAUUAUGAUUCAGGGAAGCAUCCAAUCUGGUUCUUUUGACUAAAAGAUUGACCAGUUUCCAGAUCCUCGCAGCAGUACAGUACACUUGUGUACCGGUCAGAAGGGUUAUUGGGGAACCACCCCCAUGUCACAGCUUGACUUCCGCACGAUCUUGCUGUGGCCUGCAGGUUUUCUUUGCAGGAGGCUUCCACCUUCAACGACUGUGGAAUAUGUUGAGUGAAAAUAGUGAGGUUUAUUAGGUAGUGACUUUGAACGUUUUCACGGCGAGACUUGCAUACAUGCACCAUAAAAAGAACGGUCUCACCUUACGCGACGGAAUGGCGCUACGUACAAUGAUCUAGUUCCUGUUGGCUGC